AUGAAUACAAAUUCCUGUAGAGAUACUACCCUUCAUUCUGAUAUUUCACCCUUGUUAAAACAUCAAUCACCUAGACAAGAACUAAAUGAGCCAUGCCCAAAGAAGAAAUUCAAAUAUCAACCUAGAUCAUCAUCUUCAAUUACAUGCAAUGAUACAUUUAAACUUGUUCAAGAUUAUCAUAAAAGUAAAUUGGAAAGUUUAAAACAUAAUUCAACCAUUAAUCGAAUAAACAAUAAAAUGAAAUGUCAUUGUUACCGAAAUGAUAAAAUGAAUUAUGAACUAGAUACAGUACAUAAUCCUAUUGUAUUUUAUUCUAAUUUAUCUACAAAUCAUCAAAAAUAUACCCUAUGGAAUAAUUAUCGUAAACGAAUUUCUACAUUAGGAUCUUCUAUAAGAUCUAAAAAGAAAACUUCACAGCAUGUAACAAAAUCUAUGAAUAGAUUGAAUACAAAUAAUUUAAUAAAUUUAAAAUCAAAAUUAUUAAAAAAUGAAUUUUCUAAUAAAAAUUUACCGCCUAAAAUCAUAAAUCCAAUUCAAUUUAAAACAAUAAAUACAGAAAACUUUUCACAUCAAGCAGAAACUAAUGGUGAUAAUGAUAAUAAUAGUCAAGAUUGUGACAAUCUUCAUGAUAAAAUUUUUAAAGCAAUGAAUACAAUUCAUAGUAAUUAUGCAUUUAAUCAUUUUAAAACUUGUGUUACUAAUCAGAAUAAUAACUUUGAAAAUAAGAUCAAUGAUAUUUUACAGCCAUUAACUCCAUCAAAUGAAAUUAAUCAAAUUGUUCAUGAUAGCCAUCUUCUUAAAAAGAAUAAUUAUCUAACAAAUUUAUCUUUAUCAUCAUCAUCGUCAUCCACAGCAACAGCAUUAUCCCUACCAACAAUAUCAUCAUCUCAUUUAUCGGUAUUACCAAUCAAAUCUUUAUAUGAUAAAGAGAAACUAUGCUCAAAACAAAAUAAUCUAUUCAUACAAAGUAAUAUAAGAAAACAUUAUCAUAAAUUAACAGAUUCAAUAUUCAAUUAUAAUCCAUUAUAUUUAAAUACAUUAUAUACAAUAAAUAAUGAUAAACCAUUAGAUUUAAGAAAUCCAUUACAAAUUAAUUUAAAUACUAAAUUAUAUAAAAAUUAUAAUAAUGAAAUUGAAAAAUUAAAUUCAAAUGAAAUUUGGUUAACAAUUAUGAAAUUGUUAAAUAGAAAAUUGAAUCAUACUACUCAAAUGGAUCAAAGUAAAAAAUUUUGGAUUUUAAUUAAUUUAUAUGUUUAA